AUGGUAAAAGAACAUGGAGAAGGCAGGGGCCACCUGUCUCCUCUUAGCCGCUCCCCAAGGCUGCAAGUAUUCGGGGGAGACACACCCGUCUUGGCAGUGACGGGACGCCGCAUUGGGAGGAGAGGCGACGAAUCACCUCCGGAGCCGGAUGAGGAGAUUCGGCGAUUGGCGUCGAUGAUCACGAGACAAGCCUCAAGAGGCUUUACAGGCGAGACUUGGUACGACUUUGACUUGCCGCUUAACAGGACUGAUCCAAUCGUCAUUUUACAUUUUAAUGAUGUUUACAACAUUGACACCAGAGAAGAUGGGUCUGGCGGCGUUGCUCGCUUUGUCACUGCAAUGCAACGCUUUAGUCAUUUACACCCUUUAGUUUUCUUCUCAGGAGAUGCUCUGAAUCCCUCGUUAAUGAGCACGUACAUGAAAGGGCGCCAAAUGGUCCCUUUUUUGAACCUUCUCAAGGUCCACACCGCUUGUCUCGGCAACCAUGACUUCGACUUUGGCAUUGAUGAACUCGAAUACACCAUUGGGUCAUGCAAUUUUCCUUGGCUCCUUACAAACGUGUUUGAGAGGUCCUCGUCGGACGAUCAGCGAAAACUGGAUAGAUAUAUGCACGGCAGAGGAGAUGCGGUCCCACCGAGUGGAGGCUGCGCUGAAGAGGGGAAUCUGGCAAAGCAUGGGACUAGCGAUGAUGAGUCUCAUGCGUUUGGCAGAGUGCCCGCGGAUCCAGAUGCUGGCGACUACACAGUACUUCCAGGGGAGCCUAUCGCCAAUGCCUGGAAGUACCGCCUUUUUGAGUGGCAAGGAGUCCGUAUUGGUGUGAUUGGCUUGGUUGAACGAGAGUGGCUGGAUACUUUGGCGUGCAUCAACGCUGACGACGUGGUGUACGUAGACUACGUAGUGGCGGCGAACCGGAUGUGUCGGUUCUUGAGAGCAAAGGAGUGUGAGCUAAUCAUUGCUCUGACGCACAUGCGGGCACCAAAUGAUCAGCGCCUUGCCGAGAUGGCUCCAGAUAUUGACAUCAUCCUGGGCGGCCACGACCACGAUUAUUAUGGACUGCAGGUAAUAGGUGGCACCCCUGUUGUGAAGUCUGGAACGGAUUUCUAUGACUUUACAGCAAUCGCCAUCUUCCCUGGAGAUUCCUCCCCUCAGCCAAAUCUUCUUGCAACUGCAUUGAUUGACGAUUCAGGGAAGCAUAUGGGUGCGGCUGCCAUAGCAGCUGCAGCAGUUGCAUCGGCACCUCGAGUACUAGAUGGAACUGACUCACCGGCGGAGGCUGCAGCCUCCGCCAUAGCUGCGGCUGUGGCUGUGGCCGAGGAGGCUUCAAAUAAUCAAGCUGAAGAACUGAGCCCAAGCGAAUUGGCUUCUCAGUUGCUGCAUGCGAAGGGGAAAAUUGUGCCAGACAACAGACAGGGGCAGGGAGGUACAGAAGAACGUCCAUUGCUGCUCAAACCUGCCCUUCCAGCUCAAUCACAGAAGCAAUUGAAGCCAUCAGACUGCCCAGGUGGCAGCGUUGUAAUUCCGAAGAUUCUGGGGAAGUCCCUAGUCCAGUGGGAGCGUGUCCGGGUUACCCCCAAUAACUUUGCAAAGAAUAAGCACGUAGAGCUCCUCGUGAAGAAGUAUGAACGCCACAUUAAGCAGCAAAUGCGGAGGAAACUGGCGAAACUGGGUGCAGAGCUGGAGACGCGCUUUCGAAUUAUUCGAACACAAGAAAGCAAUUGCGGAAAUUGGCUGUGCGAACUCAUGCGCAAAGAGUGCAAGAGUGACAUUGCCUUUAUCAAUUCGGGGACGAUACGGUCUGAUUGCGUGUUCAAGGAGGGAGAUUUUCGUUACGGGGACCUGGCAGCUAUGCUGCCAAUGGCGGACGAAAUCGCUGUAGUUAGCUGCAAAGGCUCAGUUCUUUUGGCGGCCCUAGAAAAUGCAGUAUCGCAGGUGCCAAAAACGGAAGGUCGGUUUCUGCAGGUCGCAGGGAUUAGGUUUGAGUUCGACAGUAGCAAACCAGCUGGCAGUCGCGUGAUCAGGGAGACCGUUCAAGUGGCACCAAGGGGAAGCAACCUCCAGUCUUCUGAUGGGCAACCCAGUCUCGGGCGUUUUGAACCCUUGGACGAAAAUGCCGAGUAUACCGUUGCAACGAAGUCGUACGUAUUACAGGGUCGUGACGGGUUUACGAUGAUGACGAGCUGCCCAGUGGUUGUAGAGGGCGAGCGUUUGCCUCCUCUGCCGACGCUUGUGCGGAAUGCCCUAGCAUUGACAGCAAUGGCGAACGGCCUGAAAAAACCGCAUUCGCGCGUCGUGUCCCGUCAGCUCUCGUGCUUUACGAGCCUUCAGGAAGACCAGAUGCUUUCCGAGUUUGGAUGCAAGAGGGACAUGGACGACGAGGUUGUCCUCGCUCCAAAAUGUGAUGGUAGAAUCGUAGACAGGAACAGGCAACACAUGUGA